ACAAAAGAACUAAUUCAAGUGAAAACACACAGUUGUAAUGAAUGUGGGACGACCUUUGCAAAUCGGACCCAUUUGGCAAGAGACCAAGACACUAAUUUAACGGAAAAUUCAUACAUUUGUCACCAGUGUGGAAAGGGAUUCACAACCAGAUUCUACUUAAAGAAACACCAGAGGGUUCACUCAGAUGAAAAGCUCCACAUUUGUUCUGAGUGCGGACAGAGGUUUACUGUAGCUUAUUCCUUAAAAGUUCACAUGAGAUUCCAUUCAGGUGAAAAACCGUAUCAGUGUGCUGAGUGUGACAUGAGGUUUUACACCCGAGCAACUUUUAAAAACCAUCUGUUAAAUCAUUCUGGAGAAAGGCCAAAUAUCUGUGGCAAAUGUGGGAAGAGUUUUAUGGAUGCUGCAUCUUUAGGACAACACUGUCACUCUGAGAGACCUUACACUUGUACUGAAUGUGGAAAGAGUUUUACUCGAGCAAUUCACCUAACAGUGCACAAAAGGAUUCAUUCUGGUGAGAAACCAUACACUUGUACAGUAUGUGGUAAAUGUUUUAGGCAGGCAAACUGCUUAACAAAUCACUUGUGGAUUCAUUCUGGUGACAAAACAUACAUGACCUUUUGUGGGGAAGGUUUUACAGAAGUAAACUACUUUAAAAAAUACUUGAUGGUACAUUCAGGUGAAAGACCCAACUGCUGUGAACAUUGGAAAAUAUUUUUCAUCUCAAACAUCUCAAAGUUGACCUGAGGGAAAGAUCUCAUCGUUGAACUGUGUGCAGAAAGAAUGUUUUUUUUACAUUAGUAACAUAAAAAUACAUGAGAGAACCCAUUCACUUAGUAGUAAAAAAAUACUUAAGGACUGAAUUCUUGAAGAAAAAAAUUAAAACAUGCAUUGCACGUACUGUUAUGUAAAUGGAGACUACAGAAAUUUGUAAAACUUGAAUUUAAAUUAUUUGAAAAUUAUAGAAAUAUUUUUGUGUACUUUAUUCAAAAUGUUUUCCUGUGUAAAUGAAGUUCACUAGCCUUUUGUAAAUAGUGAUCACCUCUUACACAGAUGAAGGUGUAAUUAGAAUUAUAAAAUGUUCACAAAUGAUAAUCAUGAUCUUGUAUAUAUGUUUUUUUUAUAUUUAGUUUUUUUCCCUUUUUUUUUUUUUUUUUUUUUUUUAGAGCGUUAAUAUUUUUAUAAAGAACCUAAAUACUUUUAUAUUUGCUGCUGGGUAGGUUAUAUUUGCAUAGAUUUUGUCUGUAUUGUACUUUUAAUGUCAACUGGUAUAUGUCUGGAUCGGUGCCUGUCCGGCUCUGUCCCAUAUGUCUUUUCCCAGUUUCUCUACUGUGUUUGCCUGCUCUCUCAGCCCCCUUGUAGCUUAAUGGAUUCACUGUGUGCCUCAGGGUCUGCCGUUCCUCCAGUCAUGAGUUUGAGAUUAGCUUGAGGGGAGCCUCACCUUUUUAAUAUAUUGGUUUUAUUUCAUCCUUAGCACUUAGUAUUGUUUGUCUAUGCCUUUGCUUUGUGUCCCUGUUCAUGGUCUACCCUGCCCGUGCCUUGUGUAAUCAUGUUCUGCUCAUAUUAUCCAGUACUCGUUAAUUGUAAUUCAUUCCACCUGCUUGUUUUUCCCUAGUGCCUUAACUGAUUGGUUGAUUUUGGUUAUGGUCCACACCUGCCCUUUGUUGACCCUUCUUAGUGUGUAUAUUUAAGUGCUUGCCCUCAUUCUGUUCUUUAGUCAGUCAUUGUAGUUGUUCUGCGUGUUUGUAGAUGUGCUUUUUCCCCCCCUCCCUUUGCUUUCCUACGUAUCUGUGGUUUUGUUAUUCCUGGUAUUGCUCCCUGUCUAGUUGUAGUUUGUUUUCUUUAUAAUUCAUUUAGUUAGUGUUUUGUAUCACCUGCUUUGGUUUUUACGCCUUACGGUCCCUUUAUGUUCUGGUUUCUUCUUGACGUUCUGUUCUGUUUCUUAAUAAACCCCUUUUUGGAGCCA